UAAUAACUCCAUUCAUUAGUAAAUUCGUGCUAACAUAUGUGAGAGAAAAUUAUUCUGCUCAAUUCUUAGUUGGCUUAUCUUGUCAUAUCUAAAACAAUUACAUAUGAGAAAAAAAUCUUUCACUCAAUUGUUAGCCUUAUUAUCUUACCUUAUACCUAAAAGCACUAUGUGUGAGAGAAACAAAUAUGUUCUUUAAUUGUUAGCCGACUUAUCUAAUACCACAAAGAACUACAUAUAUGAUGAUAUCAUUGGGGAGCUCUGGCGAUUCUAGGAGAUUCCGGCGCCGCUUCUGGCGCCGUCGCCAGUAGCAUUGCAGCAGCAGCAUCAGAAAAGCAAGGGGAGAAAGGCGCAACAUCCAUACAAGGCAAUCCAGCCGCUCAGAAACUCUUCAAAGCUAAUGGAAACUCUUCAGGCGAUAAUCGAGGGUCUUCUCCAAGCUCUACUCUUCGAUUUGGAUCUUUCGUUGUUAAAGUUGCAGGGAAUAGGCAGCAGAUCUGGGACACUAAACGGGAUUCACAUCCCAAUCGACGACUAAAGAUCCAACGACGGCCAGAGGGACAGGAUGAUUGGUGGAGAGUCAAGUUCAGAUCCUGGCGAGAAGAUGAUCCUAAGAGGCCGAGAGCUCAGUCUGGAGAGGCCACGACAUUCCAGCGGCGAAGACCUGUGAUUCAUGGCAGACCUUGGCGUUUGAGGGGCUCAUCCGACUGGGAGCACCGAGGGCUCGACUUGAGAAACGGCAAUAGAGGAACGAGUCAGGACAAACCAAACUAUGGGCUUCCAGAAAUGAGAAACGGUAGAUUUAACACCAAGGGCAGCUAUCAACCAAAACGAGGAUGGAAAGUUUCUUCACAAGACACCAUUAACAAUUUCAGGCAAUACAAAGAUGGGUUUGAUUUUUAUAUUAAAAGCAAACGUUUUUGUUUCAACAUCAUAGAUUGCAAUGCUAUUCGUAUUUCGGAGACUAAACAUGGGAUUACUUCUAAAAUUGUUCUUGAUCUCGAAAGGAUGAAUUGGUUGAAUGACUCCAUUCCCAAACUUCUUUCUGGAAUUUGCUCUAAAAAUUUAGAGCUGAAGAAUUCCAUUUACAUCCUUUACAACGCUAAUUUCUUUGGGGGAUUUGUUCGUAUAAUUGAGAAGGGACGAAACUCUUUAUUUAUCCCAGAAGGGAGAAAUGGUCGAGGGAUUCUUCAUUUUAUGGCAGGGAUUGCAAAAGCAAUUAACUUGAUGAAAGUGAAAGUGGCUGCACCAAUUCUGAAUGUUGAACAGGUUGUAGGUGAGUUAAGUCACGCAAGCACUAAUGAGCAGAAUCUUCUCACGCAACUGUGGAGUGAGGAUCAUUCUUGCAGCACGUCAUUUUCUAUCUCGAGAACUUUGCUUCAAGUUGAUAUUGAUAAUUCUUUGGAGAUGACUCCUAUCAAGGACACUAAUAGCUCUGAACAAACUCCUAGCCAUGAUGCUUCAUUAGAGAAUCUCAAGGAUUUCUUUCAAAAUAUUAUGACAAAUGGAGUGGAUUCUCUUUCUCAAUUUCUACUAAAAGAAUUUGAAAGAAUCCUAGCUACUUCUUUGGGUAAUCAAAACAUGGGACAUAAAGAAGAAGGGGCUGCUAUUAGAUAUGCAAAUCCGGAGAUCAAUAUCGCAAGGGACGUCUUUGCAGGCUAUCAGCUUUCUAGUGAGGGUGAGGGAGUUUAUAGCGAUCCAUUUCUUACAUACUCAAGUGAUGAAUUUCUGGGUCAUGUUUCUGAAAACGAAAAGAGAGCUCCUAUUUCCACUAUGGAAGAUCUAUGGGAUUCCAAUGCAAAUCAAGAAAUUUGUGAUAAAGCUCUAUUGGUAACGAGAGAAAACUGCUUGCCUACAGAGAAUUUGAACACUCAAAUCAAAACGUACAGGAAGAAAAAUCAGCGCUCACAUCUUAUGAGAACUAGAUCUCAAACACGAGCGGAUUUAAAUGCUUAAUGCUUGCUCGAGAUUACUAGGGAGGGACUUGUUGUAUUUUGGGUUGGGU